UCCUCCUAAGAUGACUAUGAAGAUGAAGACGCUGCUGCUUGCUUAUCAUUCAAAUAUCAUCAAUCCAAUCCAAUCCAUACACGACCAACAUAUAUAUACGGAGAGGCAGGCCAGGACAGGCAAACUUGGCAAAGUGCAGAGGCUUCGUGACAUAGCUAACUAGCUAGCAGUGCACCGAGUAGAUUUUGCAGUGAUUCAUCAGGCUCGGUUCAUUCAUCCAUCCAUUUGGAAGAUACUUAAGAAUAUACCCCUCGUCAAAACAAUCCGAUUCCAUCACGCUCUUAGGCCCCUACCGCUGGGGCCCAUACCCUAUCCACAGCGGUCGCCCCACUAUAUAAACAAAGAGAAGCAGGUCCACAUUCACUCAACCCUCCCUGCACUUUAAAAGCACAUCAUCAUCUGAUUUUUUGUGUCUUUUUUUUCCCUCUAAAAACUCAAAAGCCCAAAACAAGACUACCCCACCACCCACUGCUGAACCCUUUGGCCUUUUGGCUUCAUUUCAGCAAAGAUGAAUAUUUCUUCUCCUCCUCCUGCUACUGCUACACCUAGACUGUCUCUAACAGAUCAGCAACAUCUCAUAGACAAACUUGAAGUUUUUAAGAUUCAAGGUCGAGACAAACAUGGUCAAAAGGUUCUCCGCAUCGUCGGAAAGUUUUUUCCGGCUCGAAGAGUGAGCAACGAGGCUGUGAACAACUACUUGGAGGAGAAAAUAUUCCCAAAUUUAGGGGAAAGGCCCUUCUCAGUGGUGUAUUUGCACACGGAUGUGAAUCGCAGCGGCAACUUCCCUGGAAUUUCGACCCUACGAUCAAUCUACGACGCUAUUCCGAUCACCCUCAAGGACCGUCUCCAAGCCGUUUACUUUGUCCACCCGGGUUUGCAGGCCAGACUCUUCCUCGCCACCUUUGGUCGUCUCCUCUUCAAGUCAGGGUUGUGCAAGAAGCUAAAGUAUGUGAAGAGGCUGGAAUUUUUGUGGGACCAGGUGCGGAGGAAUGAGGUGGAGGUUCCGGAGUUUGUGUACGAUCACGAUGAGGAGCUGGAGUACCGUCCGAUGAUGGACUAUGGGUUAGAGAGUGAUCAUCCAAGACCGAGGGUCUACGUUGCACCUUGUACGUCUUCUACGUCCAUGAUGGACUCCUCCUUUGUUUCCAUGUACUCCAUGCGUUGUAUCGCAUAGCACUUAUUUGAGAUGGUUCAGCAUACAAGAAAUCAAACUCUUUUAGUUUGCUUUUCCUUU